AUGCAGCAUACAGUUUGCUCGGUAUUUUUUGGAAUAUCCAUGUCCGUAUUCUACGGCGAGGGAAGAGGCAUUCGAGAGGCUGGAAUCACCGUGUUCUCUCAGACAACAAAAAGCGAUAUCGUCAAUUUUCUACGCUUCGAUAAAAUUGAUGAUCGUCUUAACAACAUCCAGUCCGGCCAUUCAAGAACCUGCAAAUGGUUACUCACAAGUUCAGUAUACCUAGAGUGGCUGAGCGACAACAUACUACCAGAGAAUCAUAGAUUUUUCUGGAUUCGAAGCAAACCUGGAAGUGGUAAAUCCACGUUAACGAAGUUCGCUUUCCUUGAGUUGAAGAAAACAUUCCCGGGUACGCCAUUGCUCUCAUUCUUCUUCAACGCUCGGGGCACUAUUCCGGAGAAAAGUAUUUUAGGGUUGUACAGGUCAUUGCUAGUUCAGUUGUUUGAGAUAUGCCCAGAUGACCAGCAAAACAAUUUUCUGGAUAUUCCAACCUUAGGUCAUGGAACCCUAGAGGAAAGAACCCAAAGCGACAGCAAGAUUCUGAGGCAGCUUUUGGUCCAGAUGUUAUAG